CUCAGCACCAUCCAUUCAAUUGAUCAUAUUCAUAUUCAUAUCCAUUAUCCAAACUAGCUAAGUAACAUGGGAACAAAGAACCUCUUCUGGUUUGCUCUGCUAUCCCUUGCUCUGUUUCUCAGUGUGGCAGAGAGCUUUGAUUUCAAUGAGAAGGAUUUGGAAUCUGAAGAAAGCUUGUGGGAUUUGUAUGAAAGAUGGAGAAGCGUCCACACGGUUUCUCGAAGCCUAGACGAGAAGCGCAAGCGCUUCAAUGUGUUCAAAGCCAAUGUGAUGCAUGUCCAUGACACCAAUAAAUUGGACAUGCCUUACAAGCUCGAGUUGAACAAAUUUGCUGACAUGACCAACCAUGAAUUCAGAAGCAUCUAUGCUUCCUCCAAGAUUGAUCAUCACAAAAUGUUACGCGGCACACCACAUGGGAAGGGAACCUUCAUGUAUGAGAAUGUUGAUAGUGUUCCUCCUUCUAUAGAUUGGAGGAAGAAAGGGGCUGUCACUGCUAUAAAGGAUCAAAGAGACUGCAGUAGUUGCUGGGCGUUUUCAGCCGUAGCUGCUGUUGAAGGUAUUAACCAAAUCAAGACACAAAAGCUAGUGUCAUUGUCUGAGCAAGAGCUAGUAGAUUGUGACAUUGAACACAAUAAUGGAUGCAAUGGUGGGUACAUGAAUAAUGCGUUCGACUUCAUCAAGCAAAAUGGCAUAACAACCGAAAGUAUUUACCCUUAUACAGCAACAAAUGGAACCUGUAAUGUACAGAAGGAGAAUGAACCAGCAGUGUCAAUUGAUGGCUAUGAGAAUGUUCCAGAGAAUAAUGAGACUGCAUUGCUCCUAGCAGCUGCAAACCAACCUGUAUCUGUAGCAGUUGAAGCAGGGGUUGAUAUGCAGUUAUACUCAGAGGGAGUAUUUAUGGGAGGCGGAGUGGACUGUGGCACUCAAUUGAAUCAUGGAGUAGCAAUUGUGGGAUAUGGAGCAACUCAAUAUGGAACCAAAUAUUGGAUAGUGAAAAACUCAUGGGGAGCCAAAUGGGGGGAAGAAGGUUACAUAAGAAUGAAAAGGGACAUAUCUGAUAAGCGAGGUCUCUGUGGCAUAGCGAUGGCGCCUUCAUAUCCAAUCAAAAGUUCCUCCAUUGAUUUCCUAGAGCCUUCACAAUUUCUUAUAGAUGAAAUUUAAAUGCUUCCAUGAGAUCAAGCCUGGUUCAACCUUUGUUCUUGUUGUGUUUUCUUGUGUGUAAGGGAUAUUUCAAAUAAAAGAAUAAAAACCACUUAUUUGCUUCUUGCA